AUGUCCGAUCAAGGCCGAGAGAACCUCCGUGGCACCACCGCCAAUGGCGCCAACACCAACGGGGCGACCACCAACGGGGACAGCACCAACGCCCGGGUGACUGACAAGGAGUUGCUGGCUUUCACCUCCAGCGACAGAUCAGUGGCCUUCGUUGACAACUGGCUCGUCGAUGGCCAUUUCGAAGGUGCCGGUCCAACUGGCACCUCGAAUGGUUACCAUGGCGAGUCAGGCGACAAUGAGGCUGACAACGACCAGUACCCCGACUCGGAGGAUGAGUACCCCGACCUGUGGACGAUGUUCGAAUUGGAGUUGGACGACCCGGCUGAUAACCAACCAGCCACUGCCAAUAGCCACGCCGCCACUGGCCAACCUAGUACCCCAGCCAGUGGUACAGGAGCCAGCGGCACCAAUGCAGGCUCAGGCAGCCCGACCGCAGCUUCGGCUGUUACUGGAGACCGCAACGAGGCGACUAACCCCGCAGCCAGUGGGGUCCGUCGUCUACAGCGCCGUCAUAGUCGCUAA